GACUCACUUGUGCUGGAUUUCACCUGGAAGGUGAUCAUAAUUGACUGCUCUCAGUCAUAAUCCUGAAAACUGGAGAAGUCCUCUCGAAAAAGUCCCAUGAUGGCAGAACACGGUGAUCCUUGCACUGGGUCAGAAGCCAACUAUUGUAUGAAUGGAGGAACAUGCUUUAAAAUUCCCUCCGUGUCUACACCCACCUGUGUAUGCAGUGCUGACUACGAGGGCAGCAGAUGCGAGCAGUUUCAGCUGCUCAGUUUCUCACGGAGCAACGAGGAGAAGGGUAUGAUCGCCGGCGUGGUCAUCCUCCUCCUCCUCAUUAUAGUGGUGCUCGGCGUGGUCAUCUAUUACAGCUGCAAAAUGAAGAAAGCUGCCCAAAGUCAACCAAAACCUGCAGAAGAGUACUGGAGGGUCAAAUCAAGAGUAUGAGAUUUACUGAGUUUGUGUGGAUUCGACUUUUGGGACUCACUAGGAAACGUGGCAUGUGGACUCGACAUUCAUAGUUAAAAGAGGCCUUGAUGUUACGUACAACGCUGCUAUGAUUGUGGAACACGUACAAGCGGACGUUAUCUUGUGACAUCACCCGCUUGUGGAGGUCUUGGGACAGUGAGUGUGAGUUAAAACACAAUACUUUGGUUUAGUUGCUCAGAGUGCCAGCUACCAGCAAACCAUCUCUCUCUUUUUAUAACUUUAUAAAUAAUCGUUGAAUCGAUUAAAUCAGAUUAAUUUAAAUAUGUCACAGAAGGAUGCAGAUUCUACAGAAAUUAACAUUAGACCAGACAUCAGCUAUUUAACAAAAAAAAAAAAACAUUUCAAAAUAGCAUCCUCACAUACUGUAUAUAAUACAUUUAAUUAUAUCUAUUUAAGGAAGGGUGGGGUGAGAUGAGGGGGUUGGGUUUUUCAUUUUCUUUAUAUUCAGAAGCAAACACAUAUGUGGUUAAAUAAAUAAAUGAAUAAAUGUGUGAACAGCUGCCAUUCUGUUUAUGGAUUUUUGCAGUGUGCCUUUUUUUGUAUUGGCUAAAACUUUGAUUACAUGGAUGUAUUCUCUUAUAUAAUAAAAUGCAAACUUAUUCACUCAUAUUAACUCCCAAUAUGUAAAAUUAGCAACAGACUACUCUUAACGUCAUAGACUGGUUAAAUUAGUCACACACGGUUAAUUACACAGUUACUCUUACUAAUGUGACCACAAAUCUGACAAUAAAGUGACGUUAAGUUCAAUGGAAUUCCACGAACGCAGAAUAAUUAAAAUACAUUAAAUUCCGUCAUACCAACAGAGUCAUGCGUCAAAUAAAGUUGAACUUUGAAGUAAAACACACAUCUUGUUCCUCACAAUGUGUGCUUAUAAGGUAGGUACGCCUAUAUUUUGAACAUUA